AUGGCUUCACAGCAACCCCUCCCGAACAGCCAGCCGCCGAUGGACGUGUAUGGCGGAGACGAAGUAUCCGCCCUUGUCCUCGAUGCCGGCUACUGCCACACGCGAGCUGGGUUCGCGGGCGAAGAUGUCCCUAAAUCCGUCCUGCCGUCCUUCUACGGCAGCCUCAAGUCCACCAACACCGACUCGACGACCGCAUCCUACCGCGAUAUCUUCGGCGACGAGUGCCUGAUCCCGCGCCCCGACUUUGAAAUCAAGAACUACAUGUCGCGCAGCGAGAGCGUGGUCGAGGACUGGGACGCCGCCACCAAGAUGUGGGAGCACAUGCUGAUCAAGCGCCUGCAGCCAGAAAAGGAGACACCCCCGAGCAACAACGGCCUGAACGACCCGGCGGAGGACGGCGAAGGUAACGUCGCAAUGGAUGAUGUCGAGAACCAGGAGAGACCGCUUGCCGAAAACCCCCUGCUCAUGACCGAGGCGCCCUGGAACUCUGGCAAGGCCCGCGAGAAGGCCAUCGAGAUCGUCAUGGAGAACUGGGGCUGCCCUGCCUUCUGGAUGUCGAGGACUCCGGUGUGCGCCGCUUUCGCGGCAGGCAAGGCGUCAGCGCUGGUGAUCGAUGUGGGCGGUGCAAACACGAGCGUCACAGCCAUACAUGACGGCCUGGUGUUGAAGCGGUCCAUCCAGAAGUCACCCAUCGGCGGUCUAUGGUUAUCGUCACAGAUCCGGACCAUGUGGGCAAACAGCGACCCAAGAGUCGACAUUGUGCCGUCUUACAUGGUCGAGAACAAGACGCCCGUCGAUGCUGGUGCACCCGCACAAGCUAGACUACGAAAGUUCCCGUUCGAAUUCACCCCGUCCUUCCGUCACUACGAGGAAGAGCGUCUCUUGACCGAGUUCAAGGAGUCGGUGGUGGAGGUGUGGAGGGGUCCCGGCCGUUACUCCAACCCAGGCAACGAGGAGCUAGUCAAGUCGCAACCCGGCCGCGUCUUCGAGAUGCCCGACGGCGCGAACCAGAUGUGGCGCGAGCAGCGGUACAGAAUCGCCGAGGGCAUGUGGGACGAGGCAGCCGCCCUACCGACGCCGGAUGCCGAGGUUAAGAUCCAGACCAUCCCGGAGUUGAUCAAGGCCGCCCUCAGCAACGUCGACGUGGAUCUGCGACCGAACCUGCUGGCCAACGUCGUCGUCACGGGAGGCACGAGCUUGCUGAACGGGUUCAAUGACCGUCUGAACAACGAGCUCAUGGCCAUGUACCCGGGCAUGAAGAUCAAGCUGCACGCCGCGGGCCUGACGACCGAACGACGCUUUGGCGCUUGGAUAGGGGGCAGUAUCCUGGCUAGUCUGGGCACCUUCCACCAGAUGUGGAUAUCGCGCAAGGAGUACGAGGAGAACGGCGCCGGCAUUGUCGAGAAGCGGUGUAAGUAA